ACUCGCUUCGACAGCUGACCAAUGCAUAAACAGACUGACUCACAGAUGGGCAGACCUCAAAGGCCCACAGACUGGUCGUGCAGCAUCCAGACAUCAUCCUUCUCUCACUUCAUUCAUGCUAUGAUGGCUUCCUAAUGAUUACCAGUGAAUUCAUAUCGAGAUGUGUAUAAGAAGCGUGCUGAGAGUUACCAAUAAGCAUGGCUAACUUGUACGUGAGAGUAUUGUUGAGGCCUCAGACGCGCUACGUGGACCGCAGAUGUCAUGGGUUCAAAGCCCGGCACCUCUCAACCAAAGGGCCGAAUGAAGAACCGAAUUCGAAAGAAGAUCCGGCGAAGGAUAAACAUGAGGUUCAUGAUCCUUGGAAGAACUCCAAGUCCCGCGUCCAACAUCAGAUAGUGCAGACUCGAAAUUGGUUGCAAACUGUAUAUUUGAACUGGAAAAAUAAAGACGGCGAAAAGAGAUCUACGGGUGCUGAUGUAACGGCUUCAGAUGGAACAGAAUGGUAUUCGAAACGGGUGAAUUUUUGGAUGCGCCAGUACGAAGAUUUCGUAGGCCUGACAGAGGUCAAGCAAGCCCAAGGAAAAGUGGUUGAGCUCGAACGACGGUUCAUAGAGCAACAAGAUUCCCGGCGAGAGGCUCAAAGUGACAUCACAAGUAUUCAAUCCAAGAUCAAGGAGAUUCAUGGCGAGCUGGAAAAGACUUACCGAGGCGAAGACAAAUACUUGACUUUGGUUACGCAAGAGCAUCAAGUGCUCAAGGAAGAAAAGGCUCUCCUGGAGGAUUUUACCCAACUCGAAAAAAGGGAACGAGAGUGCUUUGCUUUGCUCUCCAAUGCUGUCAGAGAUUCCCAUGAAAAGGAACGGGCACAAGCCGAGAAGACCAAGUACUGGUCGGUGUUAGGGUCCAUCUUGGGCACCUGUUUGGGCAUCAUCGGGACCACCAUUAACAAUCGGUUGCGGAUGAGAGAGUUACGCGAGCUCGUGGCCAAAUCGUCAUCUGGCGAAGGUAUCCGUGAGGUCAACGAUCUGAUCGGACAGAGCCUCAGAACGCACGAGGCUAGGCUCAAAGAUCUAGUCACUCAAAUUCAACAUGUGAUAACCGACUCUAAGUUGAAUGUUGACAAAAUUGGCGAGAUGCGUUUGGUGUUCAACAGGUUAGAGGGAACGGUCCAAGCCUUGGCCAAUUUCGACCUCGAAUCCCAGAUGCGGCAGGUCAACAAGAAGAACGAGAAACUGUUUCAGCACAUUGUCCAGCAACAUCGACAGCUGCAGAACAAAUUUCAAGAUCUUCGCGCCAAUUUUGACUCCCAGGGCGCCAUCUUUGAAAACGCGUUUCUAUCGCGGGAAAAACGUUUGAACGUGUUUCUGCAGAAUGAGGCCGAGCGGGACAAGAAACUGGAUUUGAGCUUCGAGAGCUUGUAUAAGAAUCAAAGUCUGAUCUUGAGCACCUUCCAGGAUCGCUUAAAAGGCACAGAAGAUGGCGUGCGAGAGAUCAAGACCGUCAUAAAUUCGGUUCAAAAUGCGGCCACGGCGAGGCGGGAGAAAGAAAAGAACCUUUUGCAGGAUUUGGAUGCCACAUUAUUGGACAAAGUGGAGGAAAUUAUGGAUGAUCAUGAAGCUAAGACUAUCAAGAAUGUUUUGGGCAUCGUUCUUGUCGUCACGCCACUCGUGGUUUACACGAUGAACAAACUGUUUUAGAUAACUAAUUCAUUCCAUUUCAUGACUAAAGUUGAUCAGAACUAUGUACUAGAA